AUGUCACAAAAGAAAUCAACAUCUUCGACAACAGGCAAACAAUCUGUUGUUGCGGCAGUGUCCACCUCUGCACAACAGAAACCAAAGACAUCAGCCUCAGCACCAUCUACGGUUGCCACAAAGACAAAUACAACAAAACCAGCUGCAACAGCAUCAACCACAACAACAGUUAAACCAUCGACAAUAAAGACAACGGCAAAGUCGUCGACGGUAGCAUCUACAUCACAAUCAACUACAACGACAUCAACUUCCAAGAAACAACAACAACAACAACAGCAACCACAACAUCCACUGAUUGGAAGGAUCAUCACACCAGAGAUUGUUAGCGAACGAUCACAAUAUGUUGACAUCACAUAUAUAGACCCUGAGACCAAACAGCGUUGGACUACAUCAGUCCAUCUUACAGAGAUAUCAGAUGUCAAUAACAAUCCAUUUCAAUUCUUAUUGCCACCCAAGGAAGAAGAUAUUCCAAAGAACUAUCAACAACAACAGACUGAGACAACAACAACAACAAAGGUUGCACCAGUGAUAACAAUCACUGGCGUGAACGAAGCCGAUCAUACAUUUAGUGUUAGUUUCGAGGGCAAGGCCAAGCAGGCGGCGAUCAAGCCUGGCGUCACUUUGCCGUGUUGGGUGGUAGGCCGCUCAUCGGACAAGGUAACAGACAUGGUGGUGAUCAUCAACAGGAACACAAUCGGUCUCAUCGAUAUAAUGACCAACUUUGACUCAAUGCAUACUGUCAGCAAUCUGCUAAAGUUCAAAUGGUCCGCGCUCAGUGCCAUGGUGCUGGCCGUCGAGAAGAGUGGCGCCGUGCGUCUGGCGUUGCCCGAGGCCGCCAACAUGCCCAAGAUAGCCGUGGGCACCAAAUGUCUGGCGCUGGUGCGCGAGAUCACCCCGACCUCGCUCAAGGUGGGUCUGCCGCGCGGCCUCUCUGCUGAGGUUCGCCCCACCGACGUCCACAUGCAGACCCAUCCCUCUGCCCCCUUCUCCAUAUACCAGAAGAACGAUCUGAUUGAGGUCGACGUGCUGUUCAUGAUGACGGCCGGCAAGAUCUAUGUCAGGCCCAAAUGCUUCAAGUACAACCCAGCGCACAAGAAGCCACGUGCAAUCAAGCGUAGGAUAAUGUUGGAGGAGAAGCUGAGCACGACCGGUACAGCAGGCUUUGGCUACGUUCUCGCCGUGUACAGCGACAUGGCACGCGUGCUCCUGUCGACUCGCGUCGAGGGUGUGCUCUUGCUCAAGGACAUACAUCCCGUCAUCCAGAGCUUUAUCGUGCCCGGCAAGCCGAUUGCCGUGACUACCAAGCCCGAUCUCAAGGAGGAGGGUGACAUCAAGAUCUGUACAGCAACAAUCACCGAUAACUUUGUGGCGCUCAAGAAGGGCGAGGUGUCGCCGCUCACCGUGCUGGGUGUCUACACCAAGCACAUCGUGGUCAAGACGAUCCAUAACGAGAGGGGUGUGAUCUUUGCGAUGAACAUCACUGCCGGCAUGACAUACACGGCCGAGCAACUGGCCGAGCACUUCCAGGUUGGCGACCACCUGCUGGGCGUGUGCCAGCAGGAGAAGACUGCUGAGCGAGGCUACGUCUUCUCACUUCUUGAAUCAGACAUGGAGGGCAUCGAUCUUGAGGCCAUCAUCAAGCCACCCUGGAGCGUGGACGACGAGCCAGAGGAGGCACCCAAGCCACAUACAUACGUCGACGUUGCGAGCAUGAUACAGGGUCUCAGUACCGUGGAGACCAACACUACUCCCGCUGCUGCAUCUGCCCCCGAGGCGACUAAUCAAGCAAUGUCAAUCCAUGUGCAAGCUGAUGGUGGUGCCACCAUCAAGUGGGUCGAGGAGGACUUUGCAGCCAUGGCCGACGGACUGGACAAGAAGAGAAAGAGAGCAGCAGGUGGCGCUGGUGAGGACAUGGCUGACGCCGAGGAGGACGCGAUCGACGAGGAUGAGAUCCAGGACGAAAAGAAGCAAAAGAAGGAGAAGAAGAUGUCGAGGACACAGGCAGAGAACCAGAUCAAGCAGAAGGAAGACAUGUUGUCCGAUCACAACGUGGCUCCAGAGAGCGCACAGGACUUUGAGCGUGUGCUGAUGGGAUCACCCAACUCAUCAUUCGUCUGGAUGAAGUACAUGGCCUUCUACUUGGGCAUGAGCGAGAUACAAAAGGCAAGAGAGAUUGGUGAGAAAGCACUCAAGAAGAUCAUACCAACCGAGGUGCUCGAGCUGCGCAAUGUCUGGACUGCAUUGCUCAACCUUGAGAACAUGUACGGCACCAAGGACACCCUUCUGAAGUUGUUCCAGCGCGCCAUCCAAUACCAAGAUCCCAAGUCAAUGUACUUCUCAAUCGUCAACAUAUUGGAGCAGACCCAGAAGUUUGAUCUCGAGGACGAAUACUUCAAGAUGUUCUUUAAGAAAUAUAGACAUAGCGCAAAGGUCUGGUGCAGAUAUGGAGAGUUCUUGCUGACGGCUAACAAGGUGGACGUGUUCCGUGGCGUGUUGGCAAAGGUUAUGACGAUAUUGGCAAAGAAGAAGCAGGUGGAGGUCAUUUCAAAGUAUGCACAGUUGGAGUUCAAGAUGGGCGACAUCGAGAGAGGCCGCACAAUCUUUGAGGGCCUGGUCUCAAGCUAUCCCAGCCGUUCCGAUCUCUGGAAUGUGUAUUUGGACAUGGAGCUCAAGGCCAGUCAUCAAAAGAACAUUCGUCAACUGUUUGAGCGAUGCAUCACAUUGAAAUUCAGUGAUCGCAACAUCAAACAAUUCUUCAAGCGCUAUCUGGAAUAUGAGAAGAUCAAUGGUGAUGCCAGAUCAGUGGAUCAUGUCAAGAGUGCAGCAUUAUCCUAUGUAGAGAAUGGUGGCAACAAGACCAGUUCUGGUGCUGCUCCUUCUGUGUCAACUCCAUCAUCAAAAUUAUAA